AGUCUCAGAUAGGCUCAGAUUCACCAAAUCCUGCGUGAGAAAGAAACUUCAUUUUUGGUUUUCCGUCCUCCCCGACGUUGAAAUGAGCGACACCACUUCUACACCAUCUUCACCCACAUCUUCGGCCUCUACACUUCCUUCUUCUGCUCCUUCUCCUGAAUUGAACACUCUAAGCCUAACAGAGGAACGCAUUCCAGUAUCAGAGGCUGAUAUAGCAGCCGCAGCGGCGCUCAAGGCACAAGCGAAUAAGGCGUUUACUAGCCAUGAUUUUCCGAACGCUGCCCGUCUGUACGGUGAAGCCAUUGAGAAGAAUCCUAACGAAUCUACGCUCUGGUGUAAUCGCGCUUAUGCUCGUAUGAAACUCGAAGAAUUUGGCUAUGCCAUCUCCGAUGCUAGUCAAGCAAUCAAACUGGAUCCGAAAUAUGCCAAGGCAUACUAUCGACGAGGUACAUGCUAUCUGCAGACUCUGAAUCACCAAAAGUCUAUAUCAGACUUCAAAAAAGUCCUGGCAUUGGAACCCCAAAAUAACACCGUUAGAUCGCAGUUGCAGGCGACGCAAAAAUUAUAUCGGAAGCUCGAGUUUGAAAAGGCGAUAGAGCUGGAAGGCGAGAAGAAUCCUGUAGAUAGAUGUCAUGAAAUAAUCGCCGAAGGUGGAUGCGAACUCGACAAGGCAUACACUGGCCCAAAACUUAACGUUACAGAUGAAGGCAAAUAUCAGAUAACCCCCGAAAUGGUUCAAAACGGCAAGACAUUACCCAAAAGAUAUGUUUGGGAAAUCGUACUCGGCGCAUAUGAACAUUUCAUCAAAGAGGAGAGUCUAGUCACCGUCAAUAUCGAAGAAGGUGUGACUUGUGAUGUGAUUGGGGACGUGCAUGGGCAGUUCUACGAUUUGCUCCAUCUGUAUUCAUUAACAGGAAAACCUGAACCACAACACUACCUGUUAAUGAAUGGUGAUUUGGUAGACCGAGGAUCUUGGUCGAUUGAAGUUAUUCUCACUGCAUUUGCCUACAAAUGGCUGUAUCCGAAAUACAUGUACAUCAACAGGGGUAACCACGAAGCAAAGGAUAUGAAUAGUACGUAUGGCUUUGAGGGCGAGGCAAAGCAUAAACAUGGCGAUCAGUCUUAUAAGAAAACAAAUGAUAUCCUAUCGCCGGAAGGAAGAAGACGUUUCUUCGUCGUUCAUGGGGGUUUAUUCAGCAAGGAUGAAGUUACAUUAGAUGACAUCCGCAAAAUACCGCGUGUUGGAAGACAACCCGGACAGCAAGGCUUGAUGUGCGAGCUUCUAUGGACUGACCCUCAAGAAGCACUUGGACGAGGCCCAAGUAAACGAGGCGUUGGUAUAGCUUUUGGUCCUGACGUGACAAAGAGAUGGUGUACUCUCAACGGGGUAUCAGGAAUUUUGCGAAGUCACGAAGUGCGGCAAAGUGGAUACCAGAUCGAGCACAAUGGUCUUUGUACAACGGUGUUCUCCGCACCUAAUUAUGUUGAUCAAGCUGGUAACAAGGGAGCAUAUGUCCGUAUCGACUCGUUUGGCGAGCAAAGUUACUUUCAGUUCGAGGCUACCCCACAUCCUCCCAUGAAACCAAUGGCAUACGUCCAAGGUGGGCUUGGAAGUAUGAUGAUGUGAAAGCCUUAGUACUUGCAUAAGUUCAAUCGAUAUACCAUCUCCGUCUUUCAGUGUAUCUGUAGACCGAUAUUGUACUCACUGACAUCUACCUGAAUAUGCUGUCCCAUAUCUCUCUGGUUUCAUGUAACUCUUUCAUAUGUUGUUGUCUAUAUGUUAAUAACGCGUGGGAGUGUGUAGUACGAGCGCUUGC